GUUUUCUGACGUCAAGUGGCUAAACUAUUGUUUUCCUCAGAAAGACUCUGGACUAGGAUUUCCACUUGUCUUUUUAUUUACUUAGCAAAAGGUGUCUGUGACUAUUCACUUUCAGAGAAAGAAGAAAAGCAGAGGAGAGAAUCCACAUCUUCAAGAGACUAAGGGACAAAGCAUUGAAAUCACCGGGAAAGUGUUCGGAAAGAACAGCAAGAAGUCAGAUGUUCACCUGGGGCUCAAGUGAGAAGAAAGAAAAGAAAAAUCGAUGUGCAAAGAAUGGCCUCAUUUUUCUAGAUGGUAUCCCUCCCCAAAAGCCCCAAGGAACCUCUCUUUUAGCAAGAGCCCAGAAGUUCUAGAAACUAUCCUAAACCCUCAUGUUUAGCUUCUACCUGGAAAUCAGACAUAUCUCUGAGUCUUCCUUCACACGAGAGAAAUGCGCGUAGCAGUGGUGGCAGCAGACGUGAUAUUGCUCCUGAGCAUGGGGUGGACAUCAGACUCUCUCUGCUCACCCACCAUUUUUUACAGAGACUGCUGGAUCCGUCGCUUCCCCGGUCUUCUAAUUGAUCUGGAGGAGUCUCAGAAGCUGGGAGCCCAGUUCUUGAAAUAUUAUUCCGAAAGCAAUGGCCAGAAGUGCAGUCGGAGCUGCUGUCUUAGGAAGGAUGUCUCCUGUAACCUGGCUGUCUUCUACCAUGACCCUAUUCAUGACAACAUCAACUGCCUCCACAUCCACUGCCCAACACUGGAGAGCUGCAUCUUAGAACCUGGGACCAGCGCCAUUCUGUACAACAUAACAGACGGUAUAGAUCCAGAUUUGUUGGUUUUUGAACAAUCGCCUUCUGCAUUCCUAAAUACUCGCUCUUCAUCUGGUAUGUGGGACAGACCAAGGAUUUUAAAAGCUAUGAAUUUAGAUCAACAACAAACCACUGUGAUAAACCAUGUGAUACCAUCAAUAGAGGCUCCCUCCUCAACCACACAUGAAGAUUUGGUUGUAAAUACAAAAAAUACCAGUUAUUCCAAGGAGUUAACCACAGAUUUUUGGACAAGAUCCACUUCCCCGAAUGACCUGAAUGACUCCAUUACAACAAAGGUAAAUAUGAUGUCACCAAGCACUGAUUUCAUCAACAAAAUGCAUAACAAGACUGUUUCUCCUUUCUUCAUGCCCACGGGCACAAAACUUUCUCAUAAGCCUGUGCCAUUCCAACUCAACAGUAGCAAACAAUUAUUGAAUAAAACCAAGGGGUACAUCAGCAGAAACAACACGUCUGUGAAUGGACCCGACACAGCUGAUGGGGCGUCUGUGACACUAAAGGCCUGGCUGGUGCCGGCAGCCCUUUGUACCUCUGUUGUCCUCCUUUGCUGUUGUGGGGCCAUCCUUGUGUCUGGAUGCUAUCAAAAGCACCAGUACAAACUAGGACGAAGAAAGUCAGGAUCCAGGAAAAUUAAAAAAUGUAACACUCCGAAGGAGAACUAGUUGUAGCAAGAUUGUUAAGUUUUCAAAGAUAUCAUUUUUAGGUUUCUGCAAGACAGGGCAGUUUGGUUACAGAAAAAAAAAAAAAAAAAGGAUAUGCACUCCUACCAAUCUCUAAAAAAGACUAAUGCUUGAUAAGCAACUACUUUUUUGAUUAUUUUUGAUUCUUUCUUUUCUUUCCUUUUAUUUAUUUAUUUAUUUUUUUUUUUUGAGAGACUGAGUCUCCUGUCAUCCAGGCUGAAGUGCAGUGGUGUAAUCAUAGCUCACUGCAGCCUCGAACUUCUAGGUUCCAGUGAUCCUCCUGCCUCAGCCUCCUGAAUAGCUGGGACUACAGGUACAUGCCAUCGCACCUGGCUAAUUUUUUAUAAGUUUCUUUAGAGACAGGGAUCUUGCUAUGUUGCCCAGGCUGGUCUCAAACUCCUAGCUUUAAACAACUCUCCUGCCUUGGCCUCCCAAGUGACUGGGAUUAUAGGCAUAAACCACCAUACCCAGAUACCAUUUUUUGAGUGUCCCUUUUGCCAAAGUUCCAAAAUUCUGACCCUUGCAGUUGUUACUUAGUACUGUGUAAGAGAUACUGUUUGUUCCCAGUGCUUUGGGGGUAUUAACUUACUGAAUCCUUACAACUCUGUAAGUUAGGUAUACCAUUAUUAACCGUUAUACCAAUACCACAUUCUACAGAUGAAGAAACUGAGGCAAAGACGGGUUAAGCACCUUGCUUAAAGUUAUGCAACUGUUAAGUAGUAAAACCAGGACUUAAUUAAAUAAAUAGACAAUUUGGUUUAAAAGCCCCUGCUCAAAAAUCACUGUAACACUAAAAACCUGUGUUUUGCCAAUAAGCAUGAAAAAAGAUAACCAGGAAAAAAGUGCUGUAAUUAUCACAUUAGUCUCCCAGUCAAGGUCCAAUUAUUGUCACAUAUGUUAAUAAAGCUGUUUAGUGGUUUGAGCAAAAAAGCAGUAUUAGUUACUAACCCAUAAGUAACUGUUUCCAGAUUUUUAUCUAGCUUUCACUGUUCAGUUGAUGAAUACUUCUCAGCCCCAACCCAUCUUCACUUUCCUUUUAAUAAUUAUAGUACUGAGCUCUGAGAUUUCUGUAUUGAUUUCUGUUGAAUAAAGUUUGGGAGUUUUUAGUUACAGCCAUCACUUGUAUACAUUCUGUUUUCCCAGGUGUAAUUAUUAGCUCUAGGUAUUUCUCUUUUAUUUAUUUAUUUUUUGAGACAGAGUCUCACUAUGUUGCCC